AUGCCGUUCCAGCUUCCGCAGUCACGUCGACGAUCAACAACACUCAGUGUGUGCAGCACUGUUAUUGCAAGAGUGAUAGGUCGUGGUGGUGCGAAUAUCAAUGCAAUUCGUGAAGCAACUGGUGCAUCAAUUGAAGUGGAGAAGCAAUCAGCUGUUCGACGUGACCAACACGAUCGACAGAUCUGUAUUCGUGGAACACAGGAAACUGUGCGGUGA